AUGAAAUAAAAGCAAAGGCCACCGUAAUUGGAUCCAAUAAAACGUGUAAAGGAAACAGAUCAAAAAUAUCCAGGAAGCCCAUCGUCUGUUUUUAAUUCUAUUCUUUAACCUCUUUCAUCAGAAUUUAAACGUAAUAAAAAUAAGAAAGGAACGUUGAUGACAAAAAAGUUGGAAUAUGAUAUAAAGGAAGCUUUAAAAUAAACAGAUUAUGAUGAAAGUUAAUAUAAAAUAAUAAAAAAUAGGGAAUAUUUUGCAUAGAGCUUGUCUUGAUUAAUAAAUAAAAUAAAUAAAAGACAUAAUUGAGGAAAUAAUAGAAAAGAAAGAUGAUGAUGCAUUUAAAGAAUGUUUAAUAAAAGAAGAUAAAUUUCAUUGUUAACCUUUAUUGUUAUGUUGUAUAAAGCCAAAAACAGUAGAAUCUGAUAAAAUGAGAAUGCAAUGCAUAUAAUUUUUAUUAAAUCCUUGUAAAGAGAAACCUCAUAUAAGAGCAGAUGUAAAUUGUAAUAAUCCAAGAACAUUAUGGACAUGUUUGCAUUGGGCUGCUUAUUAUGGGGAUAAAGAAAGUGUGGAGGUUUUACUUGAAAACAAUAUUCAUGUUUUUUUACCAGAUUAUAAAGGUUAAUAUGCAGUAGAUUUAGCAGGUAAAAAUAAAUACGAAGAAGUUGUAACUUUAAUAAUAAUGCGAAGUAUUAAAAUAUUAGAAUGUAUAAAAUAUGGAGGUUCAUAAAAAUAUUAAGAAUAUUAUAGUAGUCUAAAUGAGGAUCAUAAAAGACAUUUAACUAAUCCAUUAUUUUUAUGUAAGUUAAUCUAUUGGUCAGCAUUGUAUGAAGUUGAUAGUAAAAACUCAACAUUAUUAUAAUUCAAAAAAGCUUAUUCUUUUUUUCCAUUGUAAUUUUUUAUUUUAUUUAUUUUAUAGUAAAUCUUUAAAAAUGAAAACAGCCUUACAUGCAGCAUGUUAAAGUCAUAAGGGAAAUGAAGAAUUUUUAAAUGAAGCUUUUCGGAUUUUUGAAGAGACUUUAUUUGGAUUCUACAAUGAGGAUUUAAAUAAGAUUAUUCCAUAAAAGAAACCUACACUUUAAGCUAAUAGUGUAUUUGUAUUUAAUUAGGAUGAUUUAAAUAAAUAUAGAGAUGAAUUUAAAUAAGAAGUAUUAUAAUUAGCAGAAUGGGAAAAGGAAAUGUUAAAUAAAAUUAAAAUAAUUAAGAAUUAUGUAUAAUAAAAAUAAAGAGAGAAACAUUUUAAUGAAUUUUAUGCAAUAUAUGUAAAUUAAUAAGAUACAUAUGGUAAUUCACCUUUACAUGUUGCAUCUAUAAAGGCAUUUUAAAAAGGAAUUAAUAUUUUGAUGGAAAAACAAGCCAAUAUGGAAUUGGAGAAUAAUGAAGUGUUUAAAGCAAGAGAAUUAACAUAAGAUGAAAAGGUUUUAGAAUUGUACAAGGAGAAAUUAUAAAGCAUAACUAAUGAAACAAUUUUAAAUGAACUCAAUCAGACAAUAAUAUAAUAAUUAAUGGGAAUAUUUAAGAAAGAUGCUUAUGAUGAUUAAUUACGUUUGAGAAAUGCUUAAGGACCAUGUAUCAAAAUUAUAUCUAUUUUAUAGUGUCUAAAAAUAUUGAUUCUCAAUAUUACAAAUUAAUUACAGAAAUUAAUCAAUAUUCAUAGAAUUUAUUUGUACCAGAUUUAAUUAUUCGUGCAAGUAUUAAACCAGAGAAUUUAAAUUAAGAUACAUUAGAAACAGCACCAUCAUUUUUUGAAUUAAAAGAUUAAGAUUGUGCUGAAUUAAUUAGAUUAAAUUUUUAUAUCUCUUUAUUAUUGAAUGCUGAUUUUGAAGUUUAUUUAAUGAAAUCACAAUUUCAAUAAGGAUUCUAUUAUAUAAUGUUAUAACAUAAUGAAAAGAAUUUAGAAGAAUAAGCUGAUGGAAUGAAUUUAUAAAUGAAAUUGAUGGAUUCAUAUGAUUUGGAGGAAUUUGAAAAAGAUUUUUAAAAUUUAUAUGAGCCUUUUCGUUCCAGAUAGAAAUAAUAAAUAAUUGAAAAACAUUUAACUUCAAUAAAAGAUUUAAAUGAAUAGAUAAAUUCUGGUAUUAUAGAGACAUUUUAUAGAAUGCAUAAAACAGGAGGUAUCAAUAAAAUAAAAGAAAGAUGGUUAGUAAAUAAUAAAUGGUAUCUUCCUACACCAAUUAAUUAGAUUUCAGAAUAUUUAAUGGAAGGAGAGAAUUAGAAUUUUAGUUCAAUUACUAUUUUAAGAUUAUAUUUUGGUGAAAAGAUUUCAUUUUAUUUUGCCUGGAAAUCAUAUAUUACAUGUGCAUUGAUGAUAUUAGCAGUUCCUGGAGCAGCAAUAUAAAUAUAUAUAUUGGUAACAGGGGAUUAUUUUCCAUCUAUUCUACCAUUUUGGGUUUGUUAUGUAUGUUUAUGGUCAACAUUACAAGUUGAAUUUUGGAAGAGAAAGACAUCUGAAAUAACAACAAGAUGGGGAUGUUUAGAUUUAUUAGAUUCUAAAGAUAAAGGAGAAGUACGUAGAGGAUUUUAAGGUUAUGAAGAAAUCUAUCAAGUAACAGGAGAGUUAACCAAACAUUAAAAAAAAACAGAAACAUUUCUUAAAGUAGUUUUAUCAGUUUUAGUUGUCUUGAUCUUUUUGACUCUUUGUGUCUUGAUAUUUGUAGGUGUUAAUGAAAUGAUUAAAAAAUUUGAAGGUUAAAUUAUUAUUACUACUGGAUUAAACAUAAUUUAAGGAGUCGGUAUUUUUAUACUCAACUUGGUUUAUAAUCAAAUUGUCUUAUUUUUUGCAUAAUACGAAAAUCAUAAAUACCUUGAAGAUUAUGAACAAUCCAUCAUUUAUAAAAAUUCAGCAUUCACUUUGCUUAAUUCUUAUUUGUGUAUCUUCUAUGCUGCUUUUGUUAAUGAUAAAAGUUUUUUAGAUUUAUUCAUUUAAUUAGUACCUGUUUUGAUAACAAAACAAGUGUAAUUCGCAGCGUUGAAAGUGUUAUUACCUCGUUUGAAGUAUGAUUAUUACGAAAAGCAAUACUUUAAAUAAUAAUAACUAAAUAUUUAGAGACAAGGAUAAUUGAAUAGAAAUAAGGAGGGAUUUAAAGAUAAAGUAGAGACUUUAUAUGAAACAAUUUUCAAAGAGAAGAAGUACACAAUAGAGACUUGUAAGAGAGCUGUAUUAAAAAUUCAUGAGAAGGGAAAGCCUCCUACUUUGGAGAUGAAUUUAGAUGCAGAUUAAGUGGAGUUAAAUAAUUUAAAGUUAAAUUAUGAAGGAACUCUUGGUUACUUCAUGGAAGGGAUUAUAGAUUUAGGAUAUAUAACAUUAUUUGCAGCAGCAUUUCCUAUAGGACCUGCAAUAGCUGUGGUAGCAAAUGUAACUGAGAUUAGGACUAAAUUAAUUUCAUUUUUGGAAGUAUACAAAAGACCAGAAUGUUAGAGAUGUGCUGGAAUAGGAGAUUGGUUAAAUAUUAUGUAAUGGAUGGGUAUGGGUUGUGUCUUUUCUAAUUUUGCUUUAUUAUAUGUUAAAUAUAAAAAAUAAACUGUGAAAGUAAUUUAUGGAUAUAAUGGUGAUGACUCAGAUACUAUCAUUUGGUUAUUCUUUUUAACUAUAGCUAUCAUACUUAUUAUUAAACUUGCAUUCUAAUGGUUGAUUCCAGAUAAACCUUAAUGGGUUUUAAAUGAACUUCAGAAUAUUCAAGAAAAAUAACAUGUAAAUACAGGUUAAAGAGAAGCUUUGAAAACUAAUAAGGUCAACAUUUAAAAGGAAACUGAUGCUUUGAUUUAAAGUAGAAAACAACUUUUGGAGACUAAAUAAAAUUGUAAUUAAAGAAUUUAAGCUAAAAUCAACACUAAAAUUGAAAAAGAAGUUAAAAUUGACAGAUUCUAAAAAUAAGAAGAACAAGAAAAAUUGUUAGCAAAAUAAGGAGUUAUUCAAAAAGUAACAGAAAUAGAAAUUAAACCUGAAAUGGUUAAUCAAAUUAAAAUUGGUUUAUUAAGGUAAAAGUUUAUUGAAAUUUAACAUUUCCUUCUAUAAUAAAGGAUUAGAUAAAUAGAUUAAGCAAGAACAAAAAAUAUUUUACUUUGUUAAGAAUGUUCUAAAGAAGAAGCUGUUUUUGAUUGUGAAGAUUGUGAUGAGAGUUAAUGUUAAGAAUGUUUUAGAAAAGUACAUAAUAAAAUGAAGAAUAUUACAACACAUGAAGUUAUGUUAUUGAAAUCUACUAAAUAUUAUGAUCAUGAAUUAUUAAGUCGUUUGUAAGUUAAAAGAAAGGUAAAAAUAGAUUCUAAAAGUAAUUUAUAAGUUAAAUUAAAUCAAUAAUAAAAUGAUGGAGAGUUGAAAUAAAAAAGAUGGUAAAAAUUAUAAAAUUUCUGUUUCCCUACUGUUAUCUCAGCCCCGGCUUUCACUUCUUUACAUACUAUUUUUAAUCUUUUUAAAUAAGAGUAUUUAGAUAAUCUAAAUCUAGACAAAAUUGAAUUAAAUAACUUUUAUAGAUUCAGAAGAGAAUAAGAAAAAUUCAUUACGUAUGAAAGUGAGAAUAUAAAUAAAAUUUUAGAAAUGGAAGAAUUAAAUUUAGAAGAAAAGAUAUGGUUAAAUAGAAUUGCAUUUUUAUGUUUUAAGAAAAAUUUUGAAAAAUAAUAAUUUUUUGAUUAUGUUAGAAAAUUGUAGAAUAACAAUUUAGAAAGUAAGUUAAAAUUAGUGUUGGAUCUAGCAGAUGUGGAUAAUGAUGGUAAUAUUACUAAACAUGAAAUCGAAGCCAUUUUUGUAACAUCAAUUGUAUAAGAUUCUGAAGGAUAAUUCUCAUUGUAAUAGGCAAUAGAAAAUACAUUCAAUCAACCAUUGAGUAAAUAAAAAGCUAUGGAAACUCUAUUAAAUUUAAUAAAUUCAGAUAUGCAAUUUAAAGAGUUCUUUCAGCAAUUAACUUAAUGUGAAUGA